AAAAUAACUCAUUAAACCGAAAGUCAGACUGAGGAGGGCGGAAAUCGACGUGAAAUGCUACUGUUACUAGUGUUAGGCGGUGUUUAACCAGUUUAUUUUUCUAUACGUAAUAGUUUCAGCUCUUAUGGUAAUAAUUUCAGGUCAUCAUCACCGCGUGACACUGAACGGAAUAGAUACAGGACCUUCACUUCCCGAACAUACCAACAAAGACUUGGUAAGCCAACUCAUGUUAACUUUUGAUGUAUGAUGCCUAAAAUUCUUACUGAAAUGAAAUGUUGGUAAAUAUCUGAGAGCAACUCAUCACCUCUAUUUUCAAACAUCUUUUUUAAGACGAACAGUAGACAAAAACGUCUUCGCGGGUGUCCCUUGCAAAAAAAUUGCUCUGACAAAAUUUAGGGGUGCCUAUCUAUUCCAGAAUCCAUGACAAAAAAUCUCGUGAUUACAUACUGAUCAGGCGGUGUUGCCCACUCUGAUUGCAUUGAAUUAUGGUGGGCUCCUGAUUCGGGCGAAAAAACUCCAAAUGACAAAUGAUUAUGUUUCAUAGCUGCGAGCAAUAUCGAGCUUAUGAAAUCAGAGAAUUUUCUUAGAUGAGUCACAGACAUUUCUUGGUCAGCCGAUAAAACAAUGAAUGUUGGGUCAAGUUUGUGCUUAUUUAUCUAUAUUUACACUCAAAUCAACAAGUUUAAACAAGAAUAAAGAGGAGGAAUAUUUUAUUCAGUUUGUCUGGUAAACAAGAAAGCUUUGUCUGAAAUUUUACAAAAUUUGAACUUUCAACAACACGCGCCAAGAUCUAACAAUGGGCUAGAUAUCUUUUACGUGAGAAUGAAUAAAACGAGAAAAGGUAUCACUUAGAGUGUUUCCCGCCGUUUUCUGAAGUCCUUGAUUCUCGCCCUUUUUACAACUUCGACAUACCGCAUUUCUUAUGUUCUAGAAAUAACGUGCGUUGAGAAAUCCAAUUUGCGAAACUCCAUUUUACGCCAGUUCUACCACAAUAUUUAACUGCACUGGACCAGAGAUAGAAUUUCCAAUGACUCAUGCUACACUUAAAGGUCAUACGAACGACGAGAGAAAAACAUACGACUUUUUUUUAGAGAACAUCAAAAUAUUUUCUUGGCUUAUUAAGAUGGAUAAAAUUCCCGCACAGCCCUAUAGCAUUGUUAAACAAAUCUGUUUUUCCAAUGGCAAUGUAUUGUUUUUGUCAUUGUGUGCUCUGUUCAAGAACUGAAUGCAUAAUGUAGUAUGGGGCUGUGCAGAAAUGUUACCAUUCUAGUGUAAACAAUUCUAGAUUUUUUCUGUUUAAGAUUAAACUCUUCGGUUUAUAGAUCUUUCGCGUUCUGUCUUGGGUUAUCAUUUAAUCGGCCGCCCUGGCGGAAAGUAUAUUGGGUAAAAUUUCUGCACAGACCCAUACUAUAUUAUGCAUUCAGUUCUUGGAUAGAGAAAACAAUGACAAAAACAAUGCAUUGCCAUUGGGAAAACAGAUUUGUUUAACAGUGGUUUGGGGCUACGUGGAAAUUUUACCCCAGUUCUACUAUAAUAUUUAACUGCACUGGACCAGAGAAAGAAUUUCGAAGGACUCAUGUUAUACUUAAAGGUCAUAUGAAAGGCGGGAGAAGAACGUACGAUUUUUUCAAGAGAAUAUCAAAAUAUUCGCUUGACUUAUUAAGCUGGAUAAAAUUUCCGCAUAGCCCCAUACUAUUGUUAAACAAAUCUGUUUUCCCAAUGGCAAUGUAUUGUAUUUGUCAUUGUUUGCUCUGUUCAAGAACUGAAUGCUUAAUGUAGUAUGGGGCUGUGCGGAAAUUUUGCCCCGGCGAGUUCUCCUUGUCCAUUUUUUGGUGCAUUGAAAGUACGAUUUGGCGGCCAAAAAGUGUCCCUUUUAAGCGCACCGCCAAAACGAUCAUAUUACAUAGCGUUUCGAUCGUUGUCAUCGAAGAGAUUUUACUCCAAAGAAACACAAGUUUUAUGGAAUUAGAUGGUGGCGAAUCCAAGUGAUGUGUGAAAGUCGAUGCAUAUGAAAUAUUCAUUUACCCAUUAGGCGAAAUGAGUCAUAUAGCAAUGCUGCACUUAAACUGAAGAGGCUUUUGUCUAUUAAAAUUCCUCUUUGAGAUUAACUUCAAUCAGAUUGCUAUAAACUCACUCGUUUUCCGUUAGACCGGCUCGACGACGAGAGCCCCCGUUUUUUUGCACUCUCUGGGGAAAGGAGCAACUUGCAGUGAAACUGCCCGAUGACUUCUCGGCGAAAAAUCAUUGUGCCUCGUGAUGCAGCUGAUUCUUUCGUCGAAAGUUCGCUUUUGGUUUCUUAAGGGAAUUACUCUACAGCAACGAAACUCUAGAGCACUGACCGAGGGAACCUUCGCCGCACUUAUUGCGAAGGAAUGAAAUGUUUUGGCAACAGAAACGAACACACUACUCAUUCUUAACAUAAAUUUCGCCAUAGAAAACAAAACACAAACGCAAUAAACUAAAUAUUCAGUAGAGGGAGAGAAACCGCCUUUGUCAGUCUUCGUCGAAAUCUUCGUUUGAUGCACGCGGUCCUCCUUCGUAGGGCUGAACCGUGCUCGCAACUUCCAUUUCUUCUUUGCUACUUGAGUGCGAUGUAUCACAACUCUCGUUUGAGCCUGCUGAAGGUAGGUGUGCAUCGCUAUCGGUCAUAAUUUCAAGAGUAUUUCAACGCUGAUCGAUACAAACGCAAAAUUACAAGAGAUGUGAGAGAUUUGUAAGUGUUAACUGAGAGUUCUCACAGUUUUUCUACGUCAUCACCCGAUAAUUCGUUACCAGCCCACGGGACAUUUUUAAGAUAAAAUAAGAGCACUUUAGGGCCCGAAAAAACCGUGUUUUGGGCUUUUUGAAAUUUUUCUUCUAUCGGAAUUGGUUUGUACAUAUGAUAAGCUAAAUAUUUACGCAAAAAAAAUUGCGUGUCAUAUGGGCACUUUAAUCCGUCGCCCCGGCGGAAAAUAUAUUGGGUAAAAUUUCUGCAUAGCCCCAUACUACAUAAUGCAUUCAGUUCUUGGAUAGAGAAAACAAUGACAAAAACAAUACAUUGCCAUUGGGAAAACAUAUUUUUUUAACAAUAGUAAUAGCUUUUAAUAAUUAUUUACAGGAAUGGCAUGCAGAAUUUAUUCAAACCCUGCAGGUUAUGGCUUAACAAUUUGUGAAAUCUUUAGCACUUUAAAAUAACUUUUUUUAGCACUGAAGUACCUCUCCUCUGCACUGUUUCCUGAAAACUUCAUUUCUCUUGCAUGCUUUUCAGAAGGAAGAAAUUUUUACCUGAUCAAAAAGGCAAUAUGAUUACAUGCCAGCAAUUUUCAGUGGUCAUUUAACACAGUGGGCUACAGGUAGUAAUUUAACACAUUUUUUGUGAAUAAGUAAUAAAAGUAAUUUAUUUUCUUGUGAUUUUUAUUUUAGCAACUUCCUGUCCAACAUAAAAGGUUCCUGUGAUGUCGGGACAAUUAAAGGUAGCAGAUCAAACAACUGCUUCUGAAAAUCACAGCAGCAACCAAGUUAUUUUGUACACUCAGGUGUCAUUUCAUUUUAAGGAAACUUCACUUUUAUCCAGACGUUAUCAAUGCAUCCCUGCCAACUCUCUCACUUCAGGAGCAAAUUACUUUCCUGCAGAUAAGAAACUUUGCAACAACAUAUUACUGGUAUUUACCAAGCAGGAGGUUGAUGAGGGAAAAAAAAAUUUUUUAGAGAGUAAAAUAAGUUCACAUCAGUUUAAGAUUAACAGUCCACAUAGAUGACUGUAGUAAGUUUUUAUUUUUGGAUGAUCGAGGCUGAGGAAAAAUAUGUACUAGGUCUUGUGUUUCACACUUUUUUUUAGAUAAUAAUUGAUCAUACAAGUUGUUUAGAAUUGGAUGAUUUAAAGUUUGCUAUUUCAUGCAAAACCAAACUCUGAAUAUCUGACGAGGAAAAACUUGUGUGUAACAUUUUUUGUGUGAUGUCAAACAGUUACAGAUGUAGGUCACUUCUUAGAGUAUGAGAUUACACAGUUAUAUCACACUAAUCGUGGUAUCCACAACAAUUGUUCUUUACUGUCUCACAGAAAUUUUGCACAACUUUUGCUCAUAAGUUUAAUGAGUUUGUGAUGUUGCCAAGUGAAUUGAAAAUUAUAAAGUGUCUUUCAAAAGUAAAAUAAUUCAUAAAUGAGUUUUUUUUUAUAUUCAUAUACUGUAAAUUGUACUUUCCUAAAUCACAAAAAUCUUGUGCUCACAGAACAAUGCUGGGGAAAGAAAACUGGGAGUAACCCUUUUGAGUGCUGAAUGGAAAACUUCAAGCAAUGGAGACUUGACAACCAUCAACCGAGAGCUAGCAAUACAGAUGGCUAAACAUCCUAAUGUGGAAGUCAGUGUUUUCUUACCUCAGUGUACUGAAGAGGACAAGAAAGAUGCUGAUAGUUACAAUGUUAAACUCAUUGAAGCAGCUAAACUGGGUGGUUUUGAACCAGUUGAUUGGCUAGCCUCUGUACCUGACGGCCAUGCUAUGGAUUGUGUUCUAGGCCAUGGAGUAGCUCUUGGUCGGCAAAUUCAACUCAUAAAGAGAAAUUCCAAUUACAGUGAUUGCAAAUGGAUUCAAGUUGUCCAUACUGCCCCUGAAGAAAUUGGCAUGUACAAAAGCAUUUCUGAAGGUCAACAAAAGCAGCAAACAGAAAUAGAAUUAUGUCAAAUGGCAGAUCAAGUUAUAACAAUUGGCCCCAAGCUAACUGAUGCAUAUAAGCACCAACUCAGAAAACAAGAUGUUUUUAACCUGACGCCAAGCGUUUUCACAGAAUUUUCAGAUGUGCAGCAAGCAAGUGAUGAAGGAAGAACAUUUUGUGUCUUGGUAAUUGAGAGUGGUGAUAGUGAAGAUUUUGAUGUUAAGGGGUACGAUACUGCAGCAAAAGCUAUUGCUGAGCUAAAGGAUAAAUCUUACCGACUCAAGUUUGCUUCCAAACAGAAAGGAAAAGAAGAUGAAUUAAAACACAAGUUACUUCAGUCUGGUAUUGGUUGUAAUCAGCUAAGUAUCUGCACUUUAGAUGAAGACAGGGAAAAAUUAGCAAACUUAUUCUCUGUGGUGGAUAUUGUCAUACUGCCCUCAAAAACAGAGGGAUUCGGGUUGAGUGCUCUUCAGGCCAUAUCUGCUGGUCUUCCAGUACUUGUCAGUGGUAACUCAGGAAUUGCAGAAGCCUUAAAGGAGGUGACUUAUGGGUCACAGUGUAUAGUGGAUUCAGAGGAUCCUGCAGCCUGGGCCAGUGCAAUAAAAGCUGUGCAUGACAAAAAAAGGAAUGUACGACUUGAAGAGGCUAAGAGUCUUCGUGAAAACUAUUUGCAGAAGUUCAGCUGGGAGGAACCUUGCAAUUUCCUUGUCGAAAAGAUGUACAAUCUUGCAUUUGGUAAGUUUUCUCAUAUUGCAUCAGGAAAGCAGAAAAUUUGAAAUAAUGACAAAGCUCACAUGUUCUGCGUUAAAUAUUCAAUUUACCAGUUAGAAGUUGUUUCUAAAUGCUAUAGGGACAGUAGUGUUAUGGAAUAUGACAAAUUUACAUGUAAGAAAACUGGUAAUCCAAGUCUAUAAGUUGGUGGUAAUGGCCAUACAAUACAGUAACUGUUCUUAAUAAUAGUGGUGGCCAAAAGUUGUAGUUUGUGACGAGUUGGUAUGAGACUACCCCAUUUAGAUGUAUUCUAAUCUUUACUUCAGGAAAGAAGCAAACUUGGAAUUCCGAACCUGAGAAUGGAGGGGCAUGUUCAUCCAGUGGUAAGAGCCACAGAGAAUUAGCACUAACUGAUCAUGUUCAUCUAUAUGAUGAUGUCUUUGCAAAUUUUGUGGGAAAUAAAUGUUCAUAUUUGAUAUUUUAUUAUUACCUAUAAUGUAGCACUCAGUUGUCCAUAAUCAAUGUGACUUCACCAAACCUUUAUCAAAUUCAUUUUCCAAAAAUCCAAAAUUAUCAGACUUCUUAUGCUUUUCUCCAGAUCCUGGGUUCAUUUCAUUGCAGCUCUAAAAUUAAGUUAACAAAGUAACAAAUGGAUGAUCAUUCUAGCAAUUCAAGUUCUAAGACAGUAAGGGAGCCAUAUUUUUCCUUGACUGCUAAAAUGAUACAUGAAUUGAUAUGCCUGUACGUCUUCACAGAAUAUGCCAUGUUGAUGGCAUUCUCCUAAACUUUUGAAUAUAUUUUUUAAUUACUUAAUACUCUAUCUGCAGACUUAGGGGCAAGUUUGUGUAAAGAGACUGAACAAGAGCCUUUUGUCAAAGAAAUGGAGCUUCAAGAUGUCAUCAGAAGUAGGAAACAUAAUGCUCCUAGCCCAAGCAAUGUUAACCCUGUUGUGAAGAAAAAAAGUGAGGUCUCUAAGGAGGUAUCAGACCCAGUUCCUGGUCCAGGUAUAUUUUAUACCAUUCCAUUCUGUCAAUCAAUCAACUAAUUAGUCCAUCCAUCCAACCAUAAUAACUCACAUCUCUCUGUCAUCAAUUUGUUAAUCAAACAAUACAUGUAUGUCCAACAAUGAAAAAAUCAAUAGCAUGUAUCAUUUCCACCAAGUAAAAAAAGAAUUUUUCCCAGUUGAAAUCCAAAAUCUUUCACCUUCAAAGGAAAAGAAUAUAAAACUUGAGUUAAGAUAUGGUUUUAUUUAAGAAGAGGCUGGAAAUGAGAUCAUGCAGUGGUGUUACUUCCAUGCUGUGGUGUGGUGAGCAAAUAGUUUGGGUGAUGAAAGCUUCAUGAAAGAAAUCUGUCAUUAACAGUUUUUCAGAGGAUUAGAGAAUUUAUUGCAGUAAUUUCACUCAACAUAACUUUGUUUGGUGGGUUGGGAACUUUGUGUCACCUAGAAGGGAGGACUGACCCACAGAGUUUUCAAUAAAUCACUUUAAGUGAAAAAAGUAAAAGGAUUAAUUGGCGUGCAUGCUGCCAGUGUUCAGAAUGUAAAGUUGAUUCUCUGGAUGCAUCUGUUUUGGAUUUAAACUGCAAAAAAAAUUAAUGUAAACUAAUUAGAGAAAAUUGGGCAUCAAAGUCUUGAAUUUGCAACCCCUGAACCUUUCUUUCAAAACUGUCACAUACACUCUUGUUUCAUUAAUUGUUGUAUUUAUCAACAGCUCCUGUUGAAAAUGGAGAUUCUGCUCUGAGAUUUCUUGGGGACAUGCAUUCUUUUGUUGAUAGCAACACUCAACCAAUUCCCUUGCCAGCUACAGAAACUUCUGACGUGAAAGGAGGUGUGUCUGUUGAAACCAGAGGGUGGAAUCCCUUACAUUCUGCUGUAGAGGGUGGUAAUGAAGAUAUAAUUGAGACUUUGCUAUCUUCUGGAUUAGACAUAGAUUCAAGGGGUAAUGAUGGUACAACACCCUUAAUGGUGGCAGCCGCUAAAGGAGACGAGAAGACAGUAGACCUUCUUCUCAGCAAGGGAGCUCAUCCACACCUUAAAAACUUCAUUGGAAGAAAUCUGCUUCAUGCGGCAGCUGAAGGUGGCAACAUUUCCAUUGUGAAGAGCAUGCUCUCUCGUGGCAUUGACAUUGAUUCAAAAGAUGAUGAAUUCUCAUACACCCCACUGACAAUUGCUGCCAAGGGAAACCAUGUUGAAGUUAUGAAAUAUCUUCUUCGAAAGGGUGCAGACAUAUCUUUGACAACUGGAUCUAAAAAGGGGAAUGCUUUACACAUAGCAUCACAGUACGGAAGUGUUGCAGCAAUUGAGAUGUUGCUCUCUAGUUUAAGACCUGACUCAAGAGAUAGAGAGGGAAACACGCCAUUAGUCUAUGCUGCAGGUUGUGGACAGAUAGAGGCUGUAAAUUGUCUUCUUAAACAUGGAGCAGAUCCAUUCCUGAGAGGGGAACAUGGAUGGAGCCUUCUCCACUUAGCUGCUAAGUCUGGCAAUGUCAUCAUUAUUGAGACCUUGCUUUCUAAAGGUCUUGAUGUGGAUUCCAGAGGUGAAACUCUGGGUUUAACCCCUCUGAUGGUUUCCAUUAAAUAUGACAAAUUGGAGGCAGCAAAAUAUCUGCUUGAGAAGGGUGCCAAUGAAAGUUUGAAAACCAUUCAGAGAGAAAUCCCUAUUUUGACCAUUGCAUCAACAGUUGGUUCUGUUGCAGCCAUUGAGAUGCUGCUCUCACGUGAUUGUAGCAUUGAUUCUAGAGAUGAUGGGGGAGACACACCAUUGAUGCAAGCUGCACGUUGUGGAAAUACAAAGGCUGUAGAAUAUCUUCUUGCUCAAGGUGCUAAUCCAUUACUUAGAAAUACAUCAGACGUUGGACUGCUCCAUUUAGCUGCUCUUUCUGACAAUGUUCUCACUAUUAAGGCUGUGCUCUCUAAAAAUCUUGACAUAAAUGCUAUGUGUACAGACCUUGGUAUCACUCCACUGUUGCAUUGCUUGACACAGGGUAAACUGAAGGCUGCAAACUAUCUGCUUGCAGAGGGUGCUGAUGAAAAUUUGAAAAGUAAGGACGGGUGGACUGUCCUAUCUGCUGCAGCAAUGAGUGGUAACGUGGCAGCCAUUGAGAUGCUGCUUAAGCGUGGUCACAACCCUAAUUCCAGGGAUGGUUGUGAUAAGACACCCUUAAUGUGGGCUGCAGAGAGAGGAAAUAAAGCAGCUGUAGAAUAUCUUCUUCCUCUCACACACUAAAAUGUUGUGAAAGGCCACAGAGGCCCACACUUUUAAGAAUACUUGCACAGGUGUAGUUAGAUGUAAUAAAUAUUAGUUUUUAAAUAAAUAGGAGAAAUUCCAAGUUUUUGUUACAUUUAUUAUGGAUUGGAUGAUUAUUGUCUUUAAUUGUAAUUACUCACAAGUUUGCAUUUAUCUUGAUGGUAAUCCGUGGCAACCAUCCCCAGCCCAUCAGGUGAAAGGUGGCAGAUAGUGAAAGGCCUUCAGUGAAGGUUAGCUCCAAAUAAGCUGGCUUCCCAGUGGAUAAGGAGUUGCAGACCAAAGUGGCAAUGUACUUACCAGGAUGGGGUGAGGCUGCAGAUGGCACUGCUUCCUCUAUAAAAUGCUCCAUAAAUCCCAUGACAAGUACAUCAGGCGAGAAAGGGCCGCCUUUAAAGCCCUAGCCCGGGCAGGUGGAGCUCGAUAGCCUGGGAGGGUAAUCCACUUAAGAAAAGGACUACCUCAUCCAAACCUAUCUAGUGCCAUGUGUAAUGGACAAUUAAGUCAUGCAAUUACCCUGGGUUCAAGGACAUGACAGAGAGUCCUUUACCCAUGCUCUAGCUAUGGAUAAAUAGUCGUUGUUCUUUUGAGAGCAGGCUCUUUAGCCAGAAGAUAGGAGAUGCCACCUCUGUUAUAAAAGCUACAGCCCUACGAAUCUUACAGCCUCUCAACCUGCUGAGCUGCUGUAAAUCUUCCCUGGGCUUAAAGAGUGGGAUUGAUGUGCAUGAACUGGCCCUCACUUGAAACAUACAGAGUGCAGGCAGGAAAUAAAGACCUGCAGUGAUGGAGCAUGGCAAAAAUGACAGGUGCUAGAUGGCGCUGAAAUUGCAGAAAUAACUUUGCAUGUAGGUGGUCUAGGGUAACAUGGUCACUUGCUUGUGAACAGAGACAAGCGACUAAGCAGCUCACCCCAAGCAACCUAGCAGCCUUUUCUAGGGUUGCAUUGCUUGCCCUGAAUAGAGAGGGGUCUAGUAAAGAUGACCUAAAAAAAGUUUGUCUCAUCCUUACCCAGUUGGUUGGCCCAAUCAAUGGGCAUCCCUAGUUUAGCAGUAAAAACUAGUUAAAAGAAUUUAUCAGUAUAAACUAAAAGACAGACAUGGAAACAGAUAGGGACUAUGAAUAUGAAAAUGGCUUGCUGGAAUGUGCAGGCAAUGUAAGACUUGGAAGAUAGUGUUCACCCUCACACAAAACCCUUCUCUUCGCCUCUCCACCAAAAUUCUGGUAUAUAAGGCUGUUGUCAUCUAUACCUUCCCGUAAGGGGUCAAGGCAUGUGUACUGUUCAGAAAGCAAAUCAAAUGCCUAGAACAGCAAUGCUGCCUUUUCUCCAUCAUGAACAUUAGAUAGCAGGACUACAGAACCAACAAUGAAGUCCUGGAAAAAGCCAAUCUUCCCAGUAUGAAGGCCACGUUCAUGCUGCGACAAUGAUGGCCUGGCCAUGUCUCCAGUAUGCCUGAUACAUGAAUCCCAAAGGAGCUAUCAGAUGGAAAACGAGACAGAGGGGUUCCAAGAAAAUGCUGGAAAGACUAACUGAAGGGCCAGUUGACUCAGGCUGGCAUCAACCCCAAGCACUGGGAACAGCUUGCAGAAAACCAUGCAGCAUGGUGAUUAACAACAAGAAGAGCAGCACAAGAUUUUGAGAUCACAAGACGAGAGGCGGCAGAAGAGAGGAGGAGAUGACGAAAGGAAGCACAAGAGCAGGAUCCAACAGGACCUACCUUCCUGUGCCCUUGAUGUCCUAGGAUCUGCCUAUCAAGAAUAGGACUGAUUAGUCAUCCGAGAGCGUGCCUCCCUUGGCAGGACCUUCCUACAACUGAUCCUUGGAUAUGAAGAAACUGCCUUUAUCAUCACCAAUUAUAUUGUGGCAAAUCUGUGUGUAUCAUAUUAGAGAUUCAGUUUUUCAGAUCAUGUAGAGGAAACAUGUGUCCUUUAGAAUUCCCACACUACAAUGCAUUUUACUCUGAAGGAAAAACUCGGCUUUAAAAAAACAUUAAAAGGUGUUAUACUACAGCACAGAUAGGCAUGCAUUUAGUUUUAAUGACUAACUAACCUUGGCUAGGAAUGGUUAUCACUCCUCUCUGCUUGGGUGGAGAGAAGCAGUACAAAAAAAACAUCUGAAUUUGCAGGCUUACCUAUAGAAAAGGCUUGACCCUUUAACUCCCAAGAUCUGAUUGACAAUUCUCCCUUCCAGCUGCUACAAAUUUCCUUGUAAUUUGGUUACAAGAAUUUGGUGUUUAAUCAAGGUAACAUCUUGUACCUGAUAAGUUUGAGUAUUCUCACUACCUUUUUCAUGGUUAAUUUAUGAAUAUAGGGAGAAGUUACAUGUUAAUCACUUCUGGGAGUUAAAGGCUUAACCACAUAGUUUUUAUAUAUUUCUUGGUAUAAUGUACAAACUUCAGCUUAUUCUUUCAUUGUAAUGUUUAAGAUAUUCAAGGACUUUAGUAACUCAUAGUUACCUGCGAGUAAAUUGAAAUUACUUUCAAUUUUUGUUAGGUGGAUUGAUAACUGUCUUGUAUAGAUAACUGUAACAAACUUAAUGUACUUGGUUUUUUUUUUUUUUGGACUUAAAUCGAGAUCUGUUUAAUCUCCUUCCUCUCUAGAUUGGUAAAACUAGCUAUUUCUUAACUAAAGUAAGAUUUUUUCCACAGUGACCUGGAUUUAACUUUUUGCAGUAGGAUGUAAAACGAUGAGAACCAUAGAUUUCAAUUUGGCAUCAAUGCUUAGGGUUAAAA